AUGCGAAAAGUUGACAUGCGGACUGUACCAUGGUUAUCUUUCCUGUAUUUGCUUUGCUUCCUCGACAGAACGAGUAUUGGAAAUGCAAAGCUGUACAGCAUGGAGAAAGAAUUAAACAUCACCGACACUCAGUAUUUGAUAUGCCUAACGAUUUUCUUCAUAUCCUACGCACUAUUCGAGGUACCCUCGAACAUCAUCUUGAAGCGUCUAAAACCAUCUGUAUGGCUUUCGGUGCUCAUGGUUCUCUGGGGUAUUAUGAUGACGGUGCAAGGCCUAGUGCACAACUACAGCGGCCUACUGGUUAUGAGAUGGAUGCUUGGUACCUUCGAGGCCGGACUUUUUCCUGGAGUCACUUACUAUCUCUCAUGCUGGUAUAAACGUUCAGAAUUUGGUAUCCGCGCUGCCAUAUUCUUCUCGGCUGCGACUAUUUCCGGCGCAUUCGGUGGCCUUCUCGCUGUCGCCAUAGCCAAGAUGAAUGGGAUCGGUGGAAAGCCUGCCUGGGCGUGGAUCUUUAUCAUCGAGGGCCUUAUUACCGUUGCGGCAGGUGCUGUCUCAUACUGGAUUAUCGUCGACUUCCCGGACACUGCAACAUUCCUUUCCGAGGCCGAACGGACAGUCGUUAUUCGUCGCCUGCAGGGUGAUGCCCAAUUUAGUGCUGCUGGAGAAAAGAUGGAGUGGCGACACAUCAGAAAGGCACUGACCGAAUGGAAAACCUACCUUGCCAUGAUUGUCUACGCCGGAGUUGACAUGCCUUUGUAUGCAUUCGCAUUGUUCUUGCCGAGUAUCAUUAACCAAGUAAGAUAUUCUGCAACUAAAGCGAAUCUACUAACCGUUCCUGUUUACGCACUCGCUUGCAUAUCUACUUGCCUCGUCGGCUUCCUCGCCGACCGGUACGGAAACCGUGGAAUGUAUAACUUCAUUCUGCUUUCUAUCGCUGCUGUGGGAUACAUCAUUUUGAUUGCCUCCCGCAACGCUGCAUUGUCAUACUUUGCGGUAUUUUUAUCUGCUUGCGGCAUUUACCCUUGCAUUCAUAGUGCCUGGAUGUCCAAUAACUCAGAGGGAACAUACAAGCGUAGUGUCGCUCUUGCGAUGGUUAUCAGCUGGGGCAACUUGCAAGGCGCCGUUAGUUCUAACGUCUAUCGUGCAAACCAGACGCCUUGGUACCCAUUAGGCCAUGGACUUGUGCUGAUGUACAUCGGAACUGGUCUCAUCGCUACGGUCACGUUCAGGUUCCUCUUAAAACGGGAGAACGCUCGUCGGGACCGCGGGGAGCGAGAUGAAAUCAUCGAGGGACAUGAGGGAGGCUUUGAAGUCAAUGGUCGGUUCGCAAGCGUUGACGAUGCCAGGAGAGAAAAGGGAGACGAAUGGAGUGGUUAUAGAUACACUCUAUGA